AUGCUUAUUGGUAGUAUAUCAAUGUCAUUAAAUAUAUCUAUAUUAUUAAUUAUUUAUAUAUAUGAUAAAAUUAAAUAUAAAUAUAAAAAUCAUCUCAUAUCAGUAGGCUUUUGUUUUAUAUCUAUAAUUUUUGUUACAUUUUUUAUUAAUGGUUUGGUUAAAUAUGGAUUAAAUAUAACGGAAGAUACACAUAUAUGGACAUUUGUUAAAGCUAAAUUAGGAUUUUCAUAUGAAGAUGUUACAUUUGAGACAGCAUUAUAUCUUUGUCAUGGAGCAUUUGCUAAUUUAGAUAAAGAAUUUUUUGAUAGAACAAUAAAAAGUGGUAUUAUGCCAUUAUAUAUAUUAUCAAUAAUUAUUGAAAUAUAUAUAUUAAUUAAUAAUUUUAUUAAAAAUAAUAAUUAUAUUAAUAAUAAUAAUAUUGGAAGAAUAUUUUUAAUUAUACAAUCUAUACCAACAGCAAUUAUGGCAUUAACAACACUUCGUAUGAAAUAUAUAUGGUUUCCACAGAUAGCUAUUAUAAGUAGUGAUAGUUUUAAAAAAAUUAUACCAUAUAUGGGAAAAAUAUCUACACAUAUAAUUAUUUUAUCUAUAGCUGGAGGUUUAUUUUAUUUACAAUAUCAAACAUAUGAAAGGCAAAUGAAUAAUUUACAAGAAUUUUAUGAUCCAGAUACUGUAGAUUUAAUGUUAUGGAUUGGAACAACAAAAAGAGUAUCAUCAUUUACUGGUAGUAUGCAAUUAAUGGCAGGUGUUAAAGCAUGUGUUGGAAGAAAUAUAUUAAAUCAUCCACAUUUUGAAGAUAAAUGGAUAAGAGAAAGAACAAAAAAAUUAUAUAGUAUAUAUGGAAGAUAUAGUAUUAAAAAAGUACAUAAAAUUAUGAUAGAGGAGAAGGCUGAUUAUAUAAUAAUUGAAGAUUCUAUAUGUUUUGCAGAAUCAACAGGUUGUUCAACAAAUGAUAUUGUUGAUAUGUCAGGAGGAAUAUUACCUGAUAAUGGUAUAAAAAAAUUUGGUAAAAAUGCUAAAAUAUUUAAAAAACAUAAAAGAUUUUGUGAGGCUGUAUCAAAUCAAAAUUCAACAGAUGUAACAAAUUAUUUUUACUUAGAAUUUUCUAAUCCAACAUUUAAAGUAUAUAAAGUUAUACCUAUGGAUGAUUAUUAUUAA